AUGAAGAAGCCGAUCAUCGCCGCACUCGGCGCCAUCCACACGAGGUUGCUCGGUAGUCGCAGGUUGUACUGUUUUCGUUCGCCCGAGCGGUUCGUGGACACCUGCAGGCCGCUGGAAGAGGAGGACACCUCGACGCGCGGCCGCGGCGUGGAGGGGCCGGCUUCGCUCGUCCCGCUCGUCAUUGUCGGAGGUCGAGUCGAGGCUUUGGGAGAGAGUAAGGGAGUGUGUGAGGAGAGUCAAAGGCAGGUAAAGGUGGAAGCCGAGUGCUCGUCCCAAGAGGUCGCCCGUGUCAAUACUCGAAAAGACCAUUGGUGGACAUCAAAAUCCGGCCGCGCGGCCAACCCAGCCGAGACUCAGGCACGGCAUCCUCGUGUCGGGUCACGUGGUCUAUAUUAUCGUGUCGAGAAGUUCGAAGAUGUGGUCGAGUUGCAGCACCUACGUCACAACAACACCUCGCACGACACGUACGACGACAUUGGCGGCGCCCUCGACUCUCUCAAGACUACGAGCGACAUUCAGCGAGCUGGGAGCUGGUCGCCAUGUCGACAACACUCACGACCCCGCGGCAGCUCUACCGCCGCUACCUCAAGAACCUCUGCUACCUCCCGGACCCGCAUGUGUGGACAAGCAUGCCUCGAAAGCGCUUCGACAACUUCGCGCAGCCGUCGCGUGCCACCCACACGCCCUCGAGCGCCUGCUGAAGUACAGCUACGGGCAGAGCGGGAGUGUGCGCUGGCACCUGAUCAAGAACAUCACGCUCUCAUCCCACUUCGCUCCGAAGGUGUGGCCGGAGGCGCCCCGAUUCCCGCCGAAGACAUUCCAGCCCGUCCCCUUUCCGCUCCGGCCGCUCAUGAAGGUGAAGCAAGGCGACCUGAAGCCGAUGAGGGCGAGGACGGAGGUACCCGCCAAAGUGCUCGAGAGGGAGAAGAGGCGGAAAUGGGAGAGGGAGUGGGACGCAAUCACAUCCGUCCCCCUUACGCUGAAGGGGAGCUCGAAGACGGGAUGGGAGGGCAAGGGCGUCGCGGAGAGUUUGCGCGUCCUCGCCGGGCUUGA